AUGUCAAUGUUUCAAGCAGGCGAACCAGCCUCUUGCAUUACUUAUCAUCAGUACGGCCAGCGUUGCACCGGGAAUGCCCCGUGCCGCAACUGUCGACAGCGCAUCAACGAGCAUGGGCCGCAAGUUGACGGUGAAUCAGGCGAAGACGACUACCACAAGAAGCUGCUGACCGAUAUCUUUCGAACCAUUCAGUCGACUGACGAAGCAGGGUCCCAGCCACUACUCGAUUUGAUCCGCAACGGGGCCACAUUCCCCGAGGUACGGUGCUGGCUGGACCAGACCUUAAGGGGGGGCCCGAUGCCGAACCAAGCCUCGACCACGGAUGUCAGAGACUCGAAGCUGCGCGCUGGAUAUGAGGUGGAGAGCGGCGCGCCCCCAUUUCGGUCAAAGGUUAUGGAUAUCCAUUACCUGUGUGAUUCCGCGCCCGUAAAAGUGCCCGCGAAGCCGUGGACGACAGUAACAGAUGAUGACGGAUUGGUGUCGCAUUUGGUUUCGCUGUAUUUUACUUGGGACUAUCCAUUUUACGCCUUUGUCGAUCCCGCCAUUCUAAUUAGGCACAUGCGCGAGGGGAACAUGCAGAGUGAUUUCUGUAGCCCAUUUCUCGUCAAUGCGCUUCUUGCAAAUGCUUGUGCUAAUGAAAUCCAGCAUUAUUCGCACUACUCCGAGGCUUAUGCGGUACCAGGCGACGUCAAGACGAAAGGGACGGAUUUUCUAGCGGAGGCUGAGAGGCAUCUGCAGAAUAAUCGCUUUGAAAAAGGAUCGGUCGUCCGACUGGCAUCUAUACAAGCCACACUGCUGCUAUAUGAAAGGUAUUCAAUGGUAGGGGACGAUGAUCAUGGGUAUAUUAUGCUCAACCAGGCGGUCGAGAUGGCAGAGGCGCUGGGGAUAAUCAACAGCCCGCAGCUCGAUCUGAACAACUCGCAAAUGUCGGAAGAGAUGAUCAGAUCGGUCCAGCAAACGGCAUGGGGUUUGUUUCAGAUCGAUACGAUUGUGCACACCAAUUUCCUGCGAAAAAGUGCUGUAAAGGACGUCAGCAUUCCACGGCUUGACCGUGAGACCUCAAAACCUUCGGACAAAUGGGUGGCGUAUCCAUUGAACAAGCCUGACCGACCAUCGUGGCUGAGUCAGGCAUUUGAUGAAGCAUGCAAGCUGUCUUACAUCGCAAGGGACAUGUCUUCCACGCUCAUCCCCAAAGCCGAUGACCCUGCGGGGAACACGGCUGAACAGAAAUGGGAGCUCUACAAUAAGCUACGGCACUGGGAGGAAAACCUGCCGGCCACCUUCAGUCUGGCCGAGAGGCCGGCGCCGCAUAUCAUCCUGCUACGGAUGCGGUAUCAUGCCCUAUUGAUAAAUCUAUAUUGCGACUGGUUCGAAGGCAAGCCACCAUUUAACGCCAUCACGGGCGAGGUAAACCAAGAACCUUCGACGCAGGUCGCCGACGCCCAGGCCCUGGAUAUUGCGCUCGCCUCAGCCCGUGAGAUUGCCACUCUGACCCGACUACAUAAAGCCGAGUAUGGAAUGGAACGCGCCCACCAAUUCGCCAUGUACGCCAUCCUGCUCGCCCUCUUCACCUUUCUCGAACAAAACUCAUUUAACGUCCUCGACCACGACUUCCUUUUACUGACCAGUACAUUUUCAAUCAUUGCCUCCCGAUCCCAGGUCGGCAUGCAUCUAUUCCACAUCUUUCGACAUUCAGUGAAAUUCCGGCUGCAGUGCGGCCAAUGGGAGAGCUCGGUGGAUAUGCCGCCCGAGCUGAAUGAGCUGUUCUUCAAGAAUACAUCGCCCGAGAUUCCAGACCGGUGGAACCAUUACGCAGAAGGGCUGCAGAAACUGGCUGAUAACGGGGAGUACAUCGGCAGUCUGGACGGGCGAUGGCAGUCACAUGCCGCAUCCGGCAUCAAUGAUAUGCUGCGAAAGUACGAGACCUUGAGCGUUGGGAGGGUGGACGAGCUGACUUGGAAGGACCAGUCGGCUGGCUUUGGGUUCUCGCCGUCACCGGCAUGA